AUGUCGGGGUUUCCUAUGGUUCCCAGAUUUACUAAUAAUACUGAUGAUGAUGAUAAUUCCAUUCAUUUGAAACAUAAUAUAGGUAAAGCCAAUCCACUUCGAUCACCUACAAAAAGAAGCCGCAACAACCACAAUAACGAAGUGUUCUCGUAUAAUAAUAACAAUCAUAAUUCAGAUGUAUCAAUUGAUGAAAAAAUUGCAAAGAUUAUUCUGAACAGUAAGACUAGUAUUCGAGAAAAUGGUAGUGAUAUUAUAGAUAAUCUUCCUAAUGGGGAAUAUAAUCAAGAAAAACAACAACAAGAAGACGAAGAGUUUGACGAUGAUGAUGAAGAGGAAUUGGAUGAAUUUGAUACUAAUAAAUCGUAUUUGAAAUUUUUGAAUGGAGAAUUACAAGAAAGUAUAAAUUCUAAUGAAGAUGAUAAUAUUAAUGGGGGUGGAGGUCUAGGUGGAGGUAGAGGUGGUGAUGAAGAUUAUGAAGAUGAUGAAUAUAUACUUAGUGAUGGAGACACUUUUAAUGAAGAACUGUUAGAAAGUAAUCUUAAUGCAAGUGGUUAUGAAGAUGAAUAUUUGAGUGAUGGAGAUCUUGAAUUUGAUAGUGAUCGAUUUAAAGAGAAAAAUAUAUUCAAUGAUGAUGAUAUCAACGACAACCUCACAAAAGAACAUCGUCAUAGAUAUCCUCGAACGAGACUGAAUAAGCUUAAGUUUGGAUCACUAUCACCAUCGCCAUCGCUUCUGGAAUCAGAUGAAAUUGAUCUUGUCAAUUCGCAAUUAAGUAAUCCCCCGCAUAAUAAUGAUAUGAAUUGGAAACAAUAUAUUAUAAUUUCAUUGGUAUCAUUUCUUAUGACUAUAUUGGGGUAUUUAUUGAUAACGGGACAAAUUUCCACUAUACUACCGAAUUUAUUACCUAUAUCAGGAUCUUUUGAUCCAAUUAAAAUGGCGAAAUUAGAUGGCAAACUACAUCGAUUAGAUCAAGAAUUGAAAAAUUCUCAUCAAAAACAACAAGAAACAUUAUUUCAGUUACAAUCACAAAUUGAUCAAUUAAAUAAUAAAAUUAUUAGUAUUAUUGAUAAUCAGCAACAACAACAACAACAACAAUCAUCAAGGAAUAAUGAAGAUAAAUCAACCACCACCACUAAUAAAAAACAUGAAGAUAUAAUAACGUUAGAAAAUAAUCAAAUUCAAAUAAGUCCAGAAUUUCAUCAAUUUUUAUAUAAAUUUAUUGAUAAUUAUCAAAAUUCUUAUCUUGAUGAAAAAUUACAACAAUUGGAAAAAUUUAAUGAUUUACAACAAUUACAGAAUUAUGUUGAAAAAUUAAUUUCAAUGUCAAUGGAAUCAAUUAAACAAGAUAUACGAAUAGAUAUUGAUAAUAUUCUCGAUAAUUUGACCACAGCUCCUGCCCACAACAAUCAUACAGUGAUAGUUAAUCCUAAAACAAAUAAACUAUGGAUCAAUUCAAUUCUUGAUUUAAUAACUCAAGGAACAUCAUCAACAUCAAUUAAUUAUGCUGAUUAUUCAACAGGAGCAAGAAUCUUGGGAUUUUUAACUAGUUCAUCGACAUCCAGUAGUAGUAGUAGUCAUCAUAGUACUCCUAGUAUAUUACAAAAAAUGAUAUAUGGAUGGUGGAUAUAUAAAUCCAAUUUUUAUCAAGAUGAAUAUAAUGCCAAUCAUGUAUUAUUAGAUGAUGAUAUUGUUUGGAAAGGUGGUGAUCAAAUUGGUAUACGAUUAAGUACUAAUAUUAUUCCCACCGAUAUAAUUCUUGAAUGUCGUGACAACAAUAAUAAUUUGCCAUCAACUCAAACUCAAGGAAUUUUAUUAUCAAUUGGAUUUAAACCAAGUACAAAAAAUGGAUUUGAUAAAUUAUCAAAAAUACCAUUAGGAUUAUUGAAUUCUCAUGGUCAGUUAUCAAUGACUUCUUCUUCUUCUUCAUCAUUACAAUUACCUAAUCAAAAUGAAAAUAAAUAUAUUUCUAAAUUCAAAUUAAUAAAACAAUAUCAUAUUAAAUCUUCUAAUGGUGGUGGUGUUGAUGGUAUUUAUCAUAUUCGAUUACCUAUUAGAUUUAUAAAUUUACAAAUUAGUGGUAAAGAUUUAUAUUUCAAAUUUGAUAAAAUUAUCAAAGACAACAAUGAUAACAUCAACACUAUUGAUAAUAUUAAUAUUAAUAUUAAUAAUAUUAAAGUAUAUGGGAUAAAUGAAAUUAAUGCAAUUAAAUAUCAAGAUAAAUUUCAAUUAUUAAUUGAUAAGUUCAUUGAUAUUGAAGAAAAUGAUCAUAAUGAACAAAUUAGUACUACUACUACUACUAGCAAGGUGAUUGAAAUUAAUAAUAAUGAGAAAUCAUCAUUAAUGGAUUUUAUGACAUCAAGAAAUUCUGAAAAGUAUCAACAACAAUAUGAUAUGAAUGAUGAUAUAUAUUUAUGA